AUGGUUCGCACCGUGAUCAACGAGGUCCACGAUGCGUUAAGCAAGAUCGCGGAGCACCCGGUGUUUAAGGACAUCGUUGAGCAGGAGCCGAAGACCAUGUCGGAUGGAGGCGCCCAGGCGCCGUUCAAGCAGGCUGACAUGAACGCUGUGCUGAACAGAGAUGGGCCUGGCCUUCUCUACAAAUGCGGCCUCAAUUUUAUGUGGCAGAGCUUCGCGUGGAUGUGCAACCACCGCGUGCCCAUCAACAAAGGCCUGAUCAAGGAGCUCCAGAGGUUCGCCUUGGAGCCACUGCAGCCGCCCAGGCACAUUCCCUUCGAGACGGUGAUUGCGUUGGACUCAGCCACGCAAUGCGUGAUGGGUGCGAAAGGUGCCUUGCAACGCUUGUCGCCCCCGGAGCCCGCCUUCGCGGUGACCUUCAGCAUCAGGGAUGCAAUCAUUCAAGAAGCUGGCGAUGACGUGUUAGGGAAAUGGCGCCACGCGCUGUUGACGGCGUCGUUCAGGUUCGAGCUGGUGACAUCAGGGGGCGAUCGGUAUUGGAGGGCCCAAAACCUCCGACAGGAAGCCAUCGAGAUGGGCAUCGUGUCCCAACUGUCCGCCCGCCAAUGGAUCUACGACGUCGUUGGCUUCAAGGCUUCCAAAGAGAAGGACCUGGGCAGGGAGUUGGGCGGCGCUCAGGUCGCGAAGCACUACCAUGAGAAGAUGAAGUACGCCAGGGGGACGGAGGGAGUCAGUGCGCCUUUCGUCGACAGCGCCCUCACCGUGCACGGGAGGGCCCUCAGCAACGAGACGGCGCGCCAGUGGCUCGAGUGGUGCGACGAGCACCUGAUGGAGAAGAGCCCAUGGAGCAAAUCGAUUUAUGCGUUGCAGGCCUUGGUCGACCGUGCGCAGACGACAUCUCGCAUUGCAUGGGCCAUUUGCGGCCUCACGGACCCCCGCCGCAUGGACUCUAUCGCCGCGGGGGGGGUCACGAUCAGCAGGAUGAAGGACUACAGGCAGAGCUACAUCGAGGUCCUCAACCUGAAGCACGCCAUGCGCGAUGAGUUGCUCCAGACGUGGUUGCCAGGGAUCGGUCUGCCAAUCGAGCACGUUGAAAAGAUGCAGGAGGCGUUCGCCGAUUUUCCGAACGCGCGCGCGUCUGUGACCGGCUACCCCGACGAGCCCACGGUGGACACUACGUGGAUGGUCGGAUGGCCCCCAUCUUCGGUGGCGGCAUGCACCUUUCUGGAAGAGUGUAUCUACACUUGCUCCUAUGGCGGCCGCUACAGGGACGCUGUAAAGUCGAAGGCAAAGGUUGCUGACAUCUUGGAGUACGAGAGCGUCAAACGCGAGAUCGACGAGAUCGCCGCGACUCCGGCCCAAGAGCGAGCCGCUGCAGCGGCGGCGAGAGGAGAGACCCCUGCAGUGGGACCAGCUGCGCCAGCUCCGACAACUGGCACGACAACCGCGACUCCAGAGUCGAAGGGUUUUCACAGCAUGGAGCAGCAGGACCAAGAGUAUUGGGAGAAGAUCACCAAGAAACAUGUCCACACGCACGUGGACAUCAUCGUCGAGAAGAAAACAGCCGCUGAGCUGGAAAACGCAAUUCGCGAUUCCACUCUGGCGGGCAUCAGGGGCGAUCCGACUGGUCUCGUGCUGUUUCACUUCGACGUCAAGCAGAGCGGCGAACCCUUUACUCGCACGGAGCUGCGGGUCGCCCCCCUGCGCGACGCGAACUACCACAGGCUGGUCAGGGCCGUGCUGAACGCGCGUGCCCCGGCUGGCGGCACCCCUGGUCUACGAUCUGGCGAAGUGGCUAUCCUGCUAGACGGCGGCAGGAGUGGCAACUACAAUAAACUAAUUGCCCCGUGGCGCGAGGGGACUUCGAAGGACAAGAAGAAGUAG